AGCUGACAGCAACAUGGCGGCGGCUGCAGCCGGGCGGCGUGGCGGGGGGUUGGGGCGGCCCCCGGCCCCAGCGGCUGUGCCCGUAGGGGACCUGCCGCCCGCCGGCGAGCUGGUGCGGCCCUCGGUGACAGAGCUGUCCCAAGUGAGGACCAACAUCCUGUGCACGGUGCCCGGUUGCGGCAAGGUCCUGCCUAACAGCCCGGCCCUCAACAUGCACCUCAGCAAGGCCCACCCGGUCCAGGAUGGAAAACGUAACGCACCGAUAAGGAAGGGUUUGAAAACGUCACAGAAAUUCUACUGCUGUCCUAUUGAAGGCUGCCCUAGAGGACCAAACAGACCAUUUUCCCAAUUUUCUCUUGUAAAACAGCACUUUAUGAAAAUGCAUGCUGAAAAGAAGCACAAAUGUGAUAAGUGUAGUAACUCCUAUGGUACAGAAUGGUAUCUGAAGCGACACAUAGAAGUCUGUGGCAAGACUUUCCAAUGCACUUGUGGGUGUCCUUAUGCCAGCAGAACAGCACUGCUGUCCCACAUUUACAGAACUGGCCAUGAAAUUCCUGCAGAACACAGGGAUCCUCCUAGUAAGAAAAGGAAAAUGGAAACCUCCAUACAUAAUCAGCAGUUGGCAGAGAAGGCAAAUGAAGCACUCAUCAGUACACACAGUAAUAACCCUGGCACUCAGGAACUGGAGUCCUCUGAAGUGAAACUAGUGGCCUCCCUUGAAAGCUCUUGCCGCUCGAACUGCACGAGCCAAAUGCAGCCAAAAUGCACACCGAAGAUGCUUUUACCAAAGCCCAAGGUGGCUUUGGUUAAACUUCCAGUGAUGCAGCUUGCCCCCUUGCCUGUCUAUGUCUCUGCAACAGACUCUUCCGUCAAACCUGCUGUAGUGGCUGUUGAUAAUCAAGGUUCAGUUGUAAGUACUGUUCAUUUACUGCCUCAAUCCAUAGGAAUUCUGAUUCCAGCACUGGAGGCAGAAACACUUGUAUUUAAAGAUAGCAUGCCUGUUUCAAAAGUGACAAAUUCUGGUGAUCAUGAACCAGUAAGUACUGGUGUGCAAGUUGAGUUGGAUAAAGUUACGCCAAAUAACGCAGGACAAGAGCUGGGGAAUGGUUGUCACAAGAACAAAAUUUCUUCAAUAAAUAUACAGACUGAUUUAUCUUGUAUUUCACAGAACUUUGUGCCAGCUGCAGCCUGGACUCCCAGUUCCUCUGUCUCCUCUUGCUCUCAGACAGAUCUGUCAUUCAGUUCACAGGUGUCAUUGCCCAUCAGUGUACAAACACAGACGCUGCUGCCGGCUUCCAAACUGACUUCAUCCAUAGCUGCUCAGACCGAUGCUUUUAGCCAGGUUUGUUUUCCAACGUGUGGCAUCUCUAGGGAGACUCAAACCAGUAGGACACAGGACUCUAUUGAUGGAAGGGUGCAAAUGGACCAGGCAGUAAUGUGCAGUGACAUCUUUGACAAUGUUCAUUCAUCUUACAAUGUUUCCACUCCCAUCGAACUUCCGGAAAACAAUUUAAUGCCUGCAAACCUAGAUCAAACCUUGCUGCAAAGGAGUAACAGCAAGAGCCUGAAUCAAGAUGCAGGGAAGUCUGAAUCCCUCAUUGGUUUCAAUACACAGACUAAUAUACUUCCACCUCAAAAUACAAUGGAUAAUCAAACCCAGACAAUGGACCUACUAAGUGAUCUGGAAAACAUCUUUUCAGGAAACAUGCCUGGCCAGACUCUGGAUAAUCGUGGCCUUUUGUCUGAGACAAGUUCUAAUGCUGACACUCAGCUGCCCUCAGGUCCAUCACAGAGCACAGGAAUAGAUUUCGACAUUGAAGAGUUCUUUUCAGCAUCCAAUAUCCAAACUCAGACUGAAGAGAGUGAGCUUGGUACCCUAAACUCUGAGCCAGUUUUGGAGUCACUGGACAUUGAAACUCAGACUGAUUUCUUACUUUCAGAUAGUGCCACACAAUCGUAUAGCUGCCGAGGAAAUUCUAACUUCUUAGGUCUGGAGAUGUUUGAUACACAGACACAGACAGACUUGAAUUUCUUUUUGGACACCAAUACCCAUCUGCCUUUAGGAAGUAUUCUGAAGCAGUCUAGUUUCUCUAUGAGUACUGAUUCAUCUGAUACAGAAACCCAGACAGAAGUAUACCCAUCUACUAAAGUCAUACCUGCUCAGAAUCUUGAAAGCAAAGUCCAGCUCAGCAGUGCUGAAACACAGACUAUGGAUAGCUGCUUUGAGAAUCUAGGGAGUUUAUUCCUUACCAGCAAUGAGACACAGACAGCAAUGGAUGACUUUCUUCUGGCUGACUUAGCCUGGAAUACAAUGGAGUCCCAGUUCAGUUCAGUAGAAACACAGACCUGUGAAGAGCUGUGCUCCUUGUUUCAGAGCUCUGAUAAGCCCAGCCAUUGAGUACUACAAAUAUAACUGGUUCCUGUGGUUUGAAAUUAACUUAUUGGGGUGGGAGAGAUGACUUGUCCAAGUUAGCCACUUCGCAUUAUUGAAUGUAACUAUUGUGAGCAGUUGGCCUAAGAGACUUUCCAUGCUGAAGGUACUCUUGAAUAUGUAACUUUCUAUAAGCUAUGUGUGUAUAAAUAGGGGGGGAGUGGGGAACUGUAAUAUGUUCAUGUACAUUUGAACCUUAAAAAAGAUCUAUGUGGUGCCUAUGGUUUUUUUCCCCUCAACCUUCUUUACAAAGGUGAUACUGCUUUCAUUCAAACAGAAGAACUUUUGAAGUUGUUUUCUCUCUCU